UUAGCCGUAGCUAAUCCAUGGUGUGUCGACCACGAGACAUAUCCCGCGACGUGUCCCCGUCCCAACAACCCGGCGCACACCGGCUACCUAUCUUUCAUUGCACGUACGCGCGGGGGGGCGCGCGGGACGGGUCGCGCGGAGCCAUCUUGCCAGCGGCCGCCGAUCCGAGCGCGUCUCGCGACUCAGCGCUCAUAAUUCGCACUAAUUACCCACCAAAACCAGUGAAAAACUAACAAAAACUAGUGUUUUACAGUGCCAAAGUGUUGUGUUGUGACCCAGGAUUGCUAGUUCAGAGAUACCGGAUGCGGGAUGUGUCAGUGAUCAGUGCAGUGGUGUGUGUGCGUGAAAAUGUGUUGUGUGUGUGUGCGGAGCCGGCGCAGAGCUGAAUGAUCGCUUCCAUAGAAGACGCGGUAUGGAGAAGGAGAAUGGGGAAGGCGGCGAUGCCGGAAAACCGCCGCCCGACGGGCUGCUCGACGCCGCGGGGCUCUUUGGAGCGUACUGGGGCCGCGACGGCGCGGGCGGCGCGGCGCAGGCGCAGGCGCAAGCGCAGGCCGCUCUCUUCGGCUUCGGCGGGCGGUACCCCACCCCGCAGACCUCCCUCGGAGGCCAUGGCCAGUCUUUCCACCCUGCUGCCAGUGCAGCAUGGUGGUCCAUGGCUUCUCACCUAGCGGCCCAGGACUAUCUAGCUAGAAUACAGGCCUCCGGUCUAGGGUUCGGUGGACCCCUUGGGGACCCUUACUCAGCCCUAUCAGCCUUAUCAGCGAAGCCUGGGAAGGGGAAACCUCAGCAGAGGAAUGAGAGAUCCGGGCGGAGUAGUACAUCUUCAAGCGCAUCUACGAAGGAGAAGAGUCCGUCAACUAGCAACUCGCAACCGAGUAUGAGUGAGUGGGGAUCAUCAUACGGCUUCCCAAAAACGUCAUCCCCUUCAACGAUGCACUCGCACUCGCAAGCCAUGUCCAGCUUGGCUUCGUUAAACAGCUUGGCGUCCGCGCCGCAUCAAGCCAAGCCAAGCAAGCACCAGUCCAGCCAGCCUCCUCGCAAAUCCUCCUCCUCCUCAUCAACCACCUCCUCAAAAGGCAAGGAGCGCGAGCUGGCGCUGCUCAGAGGCGACCUGAUGCUGGCGCAGGCCGCCGCUCACGGGCCUACCACGCGGCCGUCGCCGCCGCUGCUAAGGGCAAGAGGCGACCUGAUGCUAGCGCAGGCCGCCGCUCACGGGGCCUACCACGCGGCCGUCGCCGCCGCUGCUAAGGGCAAGCGCAGGCCGCCGCUCACGGGGCCUACCACGCGGCCGUCGCCGCCGCUGCUAAGGGCAAGAGGCGACCUGAUGCUAGCGCAGGCCGCCGCUCACGGGGCCUACCACGCGGCCGUCGCCGCCGCUGCUAAGGGCAAGCGCAGGCCGCCGCUCACGGGGCCUACCACGCGGCCGUCGCCGCCGCUGCUAAGGGCAAGGAAUAUACUCUAUACUCAUCUCAUGGCGCUGCUCAGAGGCGACCUGAUGCUAGCGCAGGCCGCCGCUCACGGGGCCUACCACGCGGCCGUCGCCACCGCUGCUAAGGGCAAGAACAUGUCCCCACUGUACCCUUUCGGUAUGCCGGGCUCCGAUAAGGAUCGGCAUGGGGCCAUCGACUCCCUUACAGGCCUGCCCCACACAAUACUUAGUGAUCCGUCAUCGGUGCUAGGCGGGGUAAGACUUCCGCCCGAUACAGAAAUUAUCAAAUACACCUCCUCGCUAACAGGGCCGAAGGCGCCUCCAGGGACGACGAAUCGUGGACGAAAGAAGACGAUAUCCCUGGAUCCGCCUCAAGUGUCCGUCCACCCGUCCACGGAGCGAGGGACGCCGCUCCCUAGCAAACGACAGAAAGUGGACGAUUACGGCAAUUCCCGGUCUUCAGUCGAAGUUAUCCGGUUGCCGAACAAACCGGACCGUGCCGGACACCGGACGGACAGUCCGGCCAACCUUGCUGACUACACGGGUAUAUCCCGUGAGCUGCUCCAGACUAUUGCGAGUCAAAGCGGCGUCAGCUUAGCGGCGCUGGAGAGACAGCUGGCUGGCUCCACCGCUGCUGCAGAUUCCGGUCUUAAUCUAAGCACAAAGUCAAAUAACACGAGUACGGAGGAUUCUCCGCUGGAUCUCGGACUAAAAACGGGCGGCGACGAAGAUGCCCCGCUCAACCUUUCCCUUAAACCCACGCCUCCGAGCACACAAGCGUCCGACGCGUUAUCGCGUCUCACGUCGCUCAGCAGUUCGCUCAACGCGUCGUCAAGCAACGACAGGAUAUCACGACGAAAACCGGGCGCGAAACCUCGUCGCGUGGCGCCCGAACUGAACUCUCAAGUCGCAGACUCCCCCAGACCCAAGUCUAGUGGCAGCGAAGACAGUGAAUCUGUCGGCUGGCCUAACCGCGAGGGUCGACCUCGGAACCUUGGCAGAGGAGUCAGCAAACCGAAGAAAAAUACCGUCGCCUCUCUGCUAGCACAGAGUCGAGCGCUCGGCCUUAGGCCCGCGUUGGCUCAACAGCUACUGGCUGAGACUGACCUGGAGAAACUGAAAGCUUUACUCGGCGAGGCGGCAAGCACGGACAGUGAAUGCCCGUCCGAUAGUUGUCCUUCAGAUUCCGACGCCAGCGAAUCGAGUCGGCUACACGACUCGUCUUAUAGACUGCCACUAGCUAGAGGCUGGAAACGAAUAACUGUGAUCAAAGGCCUCUCCCGCAACUGCAAUAUAAAGGGCGACGUCACUUACACGCCUCCUGAACCACAUCAGGCUAUGAAGAUGAAGAGCAUGCAAGAAUUACAAACAUUCCUGGAUUCGAACCCGCAACCGCCUUUAACGACUGAGCACUUCAGCUUCAGCUCACGUCUAAUACUUGGAGAGUACAUCCAACCCGCUCCUGAACUACCGGAGCCUUUGCUCUUCAGUGAAACAGAAAUCAAUAAAAGAUUGGAAGAAGCCCGGGCGCUGGCAGCGCUAACGGGCCCACGACCAACACCGCCACCUGUUGACAGAAGAAUAGAACUAGCGAGGCGGCAGCAAGCGGCGCGCGACGCACGCAGAGAUGCCAACUCACGCUCCCGCGACCAGGCGCGACUAGUCAGAGAGCUCGAGCGGACUGAGAAGGCCGAGCUAGCCAAACGCGAGAAAGAAGCGAGGAGCGCACAACUACUAGAGCAUAUCAACAAGAACCGAACGCAGCUUACCAUCGAGCCGCUACCGAAAACCGAUACCGAAUGGAAAAUACCGGAUUUAGUGAUGGGACCAGCCACAAAAACCAGUAAAGACCGAGCCAUACCGCCUAUCAGUCUAUCUCUAAUACCUGUCUCUGGCAAAGAUAGCCAUAAUACACCUAUAAAAUUGAAUUUAGAACAGAGCUGGAAAGAUAGUAUUGAAUAUAAUGCUUUAGAUAAAAUGAAGGACUUCGCUGAAAAAGCCGCUUUCGAUUUACCCAAAAAAUCAAAACAAAACUUCGAUUUUGCGAAAACGCAAGAGAAAAAACCAAAAUCGUCAGACAAAGAGAACAGUUUAGAGAAACUAAUCGAGUCCUAUUCGAGAAUAUCGGAGUUCAUAAACGGAUGCGAUUGGUCGAAAUUACAAGUUAAGAAAGACGAUACUAAGACCCUUGAGCAGAAAUAUAUUGACGCUAAAAACGAGUUUAUGUCACAGAAUUUAAUGUUGAUGCCGAAAAAGACUGUUAAGGAAGUUAUAGAUUUGAGCGAAGACGAUGAACUGACAGAACUGACUAAAAGAAUAAACAAGGGUACCAUAAAUGUUGGAAAAGAUGGAGAAUUAUCGAUUUCGGUACAUAGUUUCGGGAAGGAAGUUUCGGCUAAAAGGCGGAAACAGGAGGAGAUAGAGAAACUGAAAGUUGAGGAGCAGGUCAAAAAACAACAGGAGAGGGAAAUUAAACGACAACAAGCCAUGCUGCUUAAAGAACAGGAAAGAGAGAGACGACGUCAACACACAACGUUCAUCCGACAACUGGACUCCCGUAGGCGGUGGGAGGAGCGAGAGAGACGGAAACACCAGAACUUGCUAGAUAGGCUGCUAGCGAAGGAAAAGAAGCUACAGCAGAGGCGGAAAGAGAUGGAACUACUCUCUGAACUAAGACGACCUCAAGAAGACUCCACACUAUCAGACCAGAAGCCCCUUCCCGCCUUAAAUCGGGUUCCUGGCUUGAAACUCCCCGGACAAGCGAUGGCGGAUCUACUGCAAGCGUUCGAGUUCAUACAUAACUUCGGACAGACGCUAGGAUUCGAUGUGGAUUCGAUUCCCUCGCUGAACACGCUGCAGGCGGCUUUGCUGCCGGCGUGCAGUCCUGAGGUGGAACUAGAGCUGAUGCAGGUUUUGACACAUCUCCUCGUCUGUGCCAUUGAGGACCCAGGCAUCCCACAUCCUGGACGGCACACGACUUUACUGGGACACGCUCUGCGCAUGGGAGAUAUCACUGAGCACAACCUUAGCGAAGUGCUCCGUAUAUAUCUAUACGCGAACGCUACUGGCGAAAUUAAGGCUUUGACCUCCUCCCCCCCAUUUUGA